AUUCCCCUGUUGGCCCUUCGUAAUAAAAAGGAGGCCUUUGACCGUCGCCCCCUCCUCUUCCCAGACUCUAGAAUUUCCUGCUAGCUCAUCUCUAGCUUUCUUCCCUCCAAUCCGCUUUUUGUUUAUCCCCCACAAAUACACACACCACAAUGUCUGAGACAGAAACCUUUGCUUUCCAGGCUGAGAUCUCUCAGUUGAUGUCCCUCAUCAUCAACACCUUUUACAGCAACAAAGAGAUCUUCCUUCGUGAGAUCAUCUCCAACGCGUCAGAUGCCCUCGACAAGGUCCGAUACCAAUCCCUCACAGAUCCAUCUGUGUUGGACUCUGAGAAGGAACUCUUCAUCCGCCUUACCCCUGACCGUGAGAACAAAAUCCUUGACAUCCGCGACUCUGGUAUCGGUAUGACAAAGGCUGAUUUGGUGAACAACCUUGGUACCAUUGCAAAGUCUGGUACCAAGGCGUUCAUGGAGGCCCUUCAGUCUGGUGCCGACAUUUCCAUGAUUGGUCAAUUCGGUGUCGGUUUCUACUCUGCAUACCUGGUUGCCGACAAGGUACAAGUCAUCACCAAGCACAACGACGACGAACAAUACAUCUGGGAGUCUGCCGCUGGCGGUUCAUUCACCAUCACUCGCGACACCGAGAACCCAUCGAUCGGCCGCGGAACCAUUGUUCGUCUCCACAUGAAGGAAGACCAAUUGGAGUACCUUGAGGAGAAGAAGAUCAAGGACAUUGUCAAGAAGCACUCAGAAUUCAUAGGUUACCCCAUCCAACUUGUUGUCGAGAAGGAGGUUGAGAAGGAGGUUGAGGACGAAGAGGCAGCUGAAGAAGAGAAGAAGGAUGAGGAGGACAAGCCCAAGAUUGAGGAGGUUGAAGACGAAGAGGAGAAACCCAAGAAGAAGAAGACCAUCAAGGAGAAGACAAAGGAGACUGAGGAGCUCAACAAGACAAAGCCCCUUUGGACGCGCAACCCCGAUGACAUCACCAACGAGGAAUACGCUGCUUUCUACAAGUCGCUUUCUAACGACUGGGAAGAGCACCUUGCUGUCAAGCACUUCUCUGUUGAGGGACAGUUGGAAUUCCGUGCUAUCCUCUUCGUUCCCAAGCGUGCACCUUUCGAUCUUUUCGAGACCAAGAAGAAGCGCAACAACAUCAAGCUCUACGUCCGCCGCGUGUUCAUCAUGGACGAUUGCGACGAGCUUAUCCCUGAAUGGCUCAACUUUGUCAAGGGUAUUGUUGACUCUGAGGACUUGCCUCUCAACAUCUCCCGUGAAAUGCUUCAACAGAACAAGAUCCUCAAGGUCAUCCGUAAGAACUUGGUCAAGAAAUGCCUUGAAAUGUUUGCCGAAAUCGCAGAAGACAAGGAGAACUUCACCAAGUUCUACGAGGCCUUCUCAAAGAACAUCAAGCUCGGUAUCCACGAAGACUCUACAAACCGCACAAAACUUGCGGAGCUUCUUCGCUUCCACUCCACAAAGUCUGGUGAUGAAUUGACCUCAUUGAAGGACUACGUUACCCGCAUGCCCGAGAAGCAAAAGAACAUCUACUACAUCACCGGUGAAAGCCGCGUCGCUGUGGAAAACAGUCCAUUCCUUGAGGUGCUCAAGAAGAAGGGCUUUGAGGUUCUUUACAUGGUUGACCCCAUUGAUGAGUACUGCGUGCAACAACUCAAGGAGUUUGACGGUAAGAAGCUCAUGAGCGCCACCAAGGAAGGUCUCGAGCUGGAGGAAGAUGAGGAGGAGAAGAAGCACAUUGAGGAGCUGAAGGCUGAGUUCGAAGCGCUCUGCAAGCAAAUCAAGGACAUCCUUGGUGACAAGGUGGAGAAGGUUGUCAUUUCGAACCGUAUCAUCAACAGCCCUUGCGUCCUCGUCACUGGCCAAUACGGCUGGUCCGCGAACAUGGAGCGUAUCAUGAAGGCACAAGCCCUCCGCGAUUCAAGCAUGUCCGCUUACAUGGCGAGCAAAAAGACACUCGAACUCAACCCUGAUCAUUCCAUCAUCAAGGCCCUCAAGUCAAAGGUGGACGCUGACAAGAACGACAAGACUGUGAAGGAUCUCACCCAGCUGCUCUUUGAGACUGCUCUAUUGGCUUCUGGGUUCUCUCUUGAGGACCCCUCUGGCUUUGCCAGCCGUAUCCACCGCAUGGUGAAACUUGGUCUUUCCAUUGACGAGGAGGAGGCAACAACAUCAGUGGAUGAUGACCUCCCACCAUUGGAGGAGGCAACUGCUGAGAGCAAGAUGGAGGAGGUUGAUUAAGUAUGGUCGAUAAAAUGAACAUACAGUGGCGGGGGGUGUGUGAUUGUUCUUAUUUGGGGUGGUUGAGUAGGUAGAUAUUGUAAAUGUUAUUCGCGGUCGAAAGUCCCAAUGUCGUUUGGGAGAUUUUGUUAAUACGAUAUCGCAUUUCCUCUUUAUGUCUUUUUUAAUGUGGG